UUUUAGUUACGUCAAAGAGACAGAUCAUGUCAAGAAAUUAUUUACGGAGAAAUUAUUGUAUACAAAAUUAAAAUGCAACAACGACCACGUAACUCAUCGGUUUCAUCACCAUCUCGACCUGCACGCCCAGUGCCAAUAACGCAUAUGGGCAAUGGUUCAUCUUCAAGGGUUCCUUACCUGCCCACCGCCGCCCUCCAAAUAUUAAAGGAAGAAUCAAAUACCGACUUGGCUGAGGAACCAAGCGAGCAGGACAUCGAGAGUCAAGCCUUCAAAUCAGAGAUCGAAAGGUUUAUAGAAAUUUCUAAAUAUUUUUCAAGUCCUGUAAGAAAAACGGCUUCUUAUCUAUGCGAAAACCGCCUAGUUGCAUAUCCUAACCCGUACAGAAUCGAGUACAAGCGCGGUGGCGUUACGACAGAGCACAUCAAGUUUUCCAACCUUACGCUGGAACCGGUUUACAUUAAGUUCUUCAAGCUAACCCCUGACAUAGAAGAAAUUAAGUUUAUCAAUAUGGCGUUAUCCAGAUGCAAGCGGAUACCUCCGGGGCUAUCAUUCAACCUUGGCUUUGUCUAUAACGAUGUAAACGAAAACUUACCGUGCAAUGUUAAAAUGAUAUUUGUCGCAUCGAGAAAAACUACCACUCCUUGUUAUCAAAUGUGCGAAAUCGAUUUAAAUAUUGACGUUAAAAAGACGAGAAUAUAGACGAAAGCAGAGUGUUUAUCUAUAAUAAAUACAAUCUUGUUUCGUUUAAGAAAUAAGUAUAUAACGAUAGCCUCUAGAAAUAUCGCCGUUCUCAAUAGCAAGUGGAGGAUGCAACAUCCAUCGGAUUGGAGCAUUAUUUAAUAGCCUACUAUAUCAAUGUUGAUAGCAAAAUCAUAACAAAUUAAGAAGGAAUUGUGUCAGAUAUAGCCCC